GAGAAAUAAUUAAUUCGAUUAAAAUUUAAUUAAAAUUAAAUGAAUGUUUUGGUCACGUGACGGCCUUCGCGCAGACUCCGUGCGCAUGGGCUGGCAGUUGGCAAUAUAUCCGGAAGACAGAUGUGGUGAUUGGCACUACCCGCCUGUCGAAAGCAUAAAGUUUUGUUGUGUAAAUGGUCGACUGAGCAUAUCGGCUUCAGUUUGUGUUCUCAUUGCCAACUGAAUUACACCAGGAGAGCCUCAAUGAGGAAACAGCGCAAGAAAUAGUCAAAAGUCCAGGUUGGCAAGAGCAACAGCUUUUCUUUACUGUUCAUUACGUCCCAGCAGAGGCGACAAGAAACGGCAACAUUCGCCUGAAGCCUUUACUCAGAAGGUCUAUGAGACGGUGAAUCAUGAGAUUAACAGGCCCCCUGCGCGCUGUGGCUGUGCUGCUGUUGGUGGGGCUCACCUGGCUGCUGGCAAACACCUUAUUUGGAGGGGAAAGUGGUUCAUCUGUGCGGCACUUCUUCAGUGGUACAAGCGAGGAACCAACACCCGCUGAACCCCGCCCUCGAAAGUAUAAAUGUGGACUUUCAGCUCCAUGUCCCCCAAAACAUCUGGCUUUCCGCCUGGUGUCUGGUGCUGCCAACGUGAUCGGGCCCAAAAUCUGCCUGGAGGAUAAGAUGUUAGUGAGCAGUGUAAAGAACAACGUUGGCAGAGGACUAAACAUAGCUUUGGUGAAUGGGGUGACAGGAGAGCUCUUGGAGACAAAGACCUUUGAUAUGUGGGCAGGAGAUGUUUCUGAGCUGUUGAAGUAUCUGCGGCCGCUCCAUGAGGGAACACUCGUGUUCGUGGCCUCCUUUGAUGAUCCAGCUACAAAAUUGAAUGAUGAAUCUCGGCGACUGUUUGAGGAGCUGGGGAGCACAGCGGUGAAGGAACUGGCCUUUAGAGACAGCUGGGUGUUUGUUGGAGCCAAGGGCAUUGAGAAUAAAAGUCCCUUUGAGCAGCGUAUGAAGAACAGUAAAAGCAGCAACAAGUAUGAAGGUUGGCCCGAGUCUCUGGAGAUGGACGGCUGUAUUCCCCUGCGGCCACCCCUGGAAGGUUAAUUCCGCCCGGUACUUCCCUCUUGCAGUACAGUCACACCUGGAGAAGCAGCAGUGGAUCCAAAUGUCCCUUACAAAGCCAAGGAACUUGUGAAUGACUAAAACCAUUCUAGAUCUGGACCACAAAUAACAUUUUAUUUUCCCUCUCACGGCAGAGGCGUGAGUCGACUGCAAAGAUUGUCUUGGGACUUGAUAUAUUUAAAAUAGCUGGAACCUGUCACUAAGGAUCUUCGCGUUAAGCUUUGUGAGCCACUUUGCAAACGAAGUAAUAUAGAAAUGAGGAACAUGUUUGUGUGUGAGGUGAAGGGAAACUUGAGAGGCCAAAUGUUUGAUGACCAAAGUGUAACAGUGACUAGUGAAUUAAUACAGAUGGAGUAGGUCUUCCAAAGCCAUUGUUGGAAAUGGAUGUAUUUCCUCUCUGCAGAUCUGCCUUUAGGGUCUCAAUAUUGAGUGCUUAAACAACAAGGAUAUGAAGCGUUGAGCACUUGCAUGACAUUUGAUGUUCUGCAGACAAAAGACAUCUACAUAACUGGUUUCAAGUCAUUGGGGAACCUAAUCCACAUCAACAUAUGAAAAACAUUUGAAGUACUCCAGUAGUUCAAAUGUUCUUCUAAGCACCAAGUCUGUGGGCAGAUUUUAUAUUUAAAUACGUUAAUAUAUUUUCAUUCUGUGAUUAUUAUGCGUAGUUUUAGCUGCCAUUGUUUCCUUAGAACUUGAUGCACAGCAAUUAUUGCUUGCCCAUUGUUUACAGAUAUCUUUUGACAAUUUUCCUUAGGUCAUUUCCUUCAAUAAAACUAUUUUAAUACGUUAAUGGAAAAGACAAAAGAUUAAUAGCGUGAGUUCAUUGUAACACCGCUCAUGGUUUUAAUGCUGGCUCAGGCCUUCAGGCGUCUGUCCACUCAGCGCUUUCUUUGAAGAUAAAUGUGUGUUUGUGUGUGUUGUUCUUUUAAAUGUUGAAUGUAUACACCAGGUUUAUUGCAAGCCUAACGUGUAGGAAAUGUUUGAUGCGUAGAAAUAAAAUUAUUGUUUUAUAUGUAUGGUUAGAAGUCCAUUUUUAGCUGCUUUUUUCUCGAUUAUGUUACCUCCUAUGUGUUAGGAUUUUUUUUCUACAACGCAUUACAGUAUGUGUUUAUAUUGUGACCAAAAUGCUGACGAAUAAAAAUGUUCAAAUA